UAAUUUGUUCUCAUCACAACACUCUUUCCUCGAACAUUUCUUCCCAUUUCCCUCCUUAGCAUUAUUCUCUCCCCCCAUCACAUAUAAAUACCCCCUCAACCCCUCCUUCCUCUGUGCCAAACUAGUUUCCAUUUCAAAAUCAUACAAGCUAAAAACCCUAAACAAAAAGAGAAAUGGGGUCAAAAAAUGUGGUGGUGUUCGAAGAUUUUUUCCCUGCCAUGGUUGAGAAACUGGGAGCUGAAGGUUUCAUGAAGGAGCUGAGCAACGGGUUUCGGUUGCUGGUGGAUGGAGACAAGGGAGUGAUCACCCUCGAGAGCUUGAAAAAGAACUGGGCAGUGCUUGGGUUGAAAGAAAUUAGCGAUGAGGAGGCCAAGUGCAUGUUGAGGGAAGGUGAUUUGAAUGGGGAUGGGGCUUUGAAUGAGAUGGAGUUUUGUACCCUCAUGCUUAGGCUGAGUCCUGACUUGAUGAACCACUCACAAGAAUUACUGGUGGAAGCUAUUGUCAAUUUCUAGACCCUUUGUUCAGCUAGUAUUUAUUUAAUUAUGCUUUUUGUAAUUUGCACCGCUCGUAAGAGUAUUAUAUUUAGAGUGCGUUUUAUUCACAGAAUGUAAUAUUAUCAGUGAAAAUAAAAGA